UUCUGGUCACUUCCCACCGCCCCUCACAUCUCCCCUCUGUUACCCAUUCUCCCAUGGUCGCCCCUGCUCUUCAUCCCGUUCAUGGUCGAAUCCGGUCGCGGGGGCAUCUGUCGGAGGCGGACGCGGAGGCGCGGGACUUGCAAGCCCAUGCUCUUCCCUGCUCCUUCCUCAAAUCCGGUUGCCGAAGUGACCGAGGAGGCGCUCGAGUUCGGUAUGCUCGUUCGGGGACGCCGCCCCCUCCCUCUCCUCUUGAUGCCGCUACCGUCACCGUCGCCGCAAUGAGUCUCUCCACCAUCUCCCGCGUGCUCGCUUGCUCGUCCCGUCCUCUAGGAUUAUCUGCUCAAGGUCCAUGGCAUGUCCGCGGCCGUCGCUGCUGCCCGGCUGUGAGUUCGCCGGGAUGUGUCUCAUGCGUUGCUACCUGACGUCUACUCUUGGGAGCCGGGCUUCGUCGGCCAAUGGGGCCGGCAAGGUCCGAGACUGGAGAUUCCUGCUCGCCAACUCGCAGUCCCGGCGGCUGUUCUCUUACCAGUCGAAAAAGAAUUUCCUGAAGGAGAAGAAGGAGGUCCUGAAAGGGGAUGGGAGCAACAAGUCUGAAUCAAAGGUUGACAAUAAGACUAUAGAAACCACCAAGAGUACCACCAGCAUGUAAACACCACGCUGCAAAACUUUCUUCCAAAGCUAUCUCUGCAUCAGGAACUUCCUUGGAUCCAUCGCAUCCUCGUCAGACAGAAGCUGAGGAAACAACUAAGCCAGAAUUAGAAGAAUUUAAUUGAAUAUGUGGCAAGGCAUGGAUUAUUGGGAAUGGCAGAAAAGGUAAUACGAUCAAAAAAUACAUGAAACACACCUGUGUU